GAAACAGCAUCAUGCCCGAUCCAGCCAAGACCGCGCCCAAGAAGGGAUCAAAGAAAGCCGUGACCAAGACGGCCGGUAAAGGAGGCAAGAAGCGCAGAAAGUCCCGGAAAGAGAGUUACGCCAUCUACGUGUACAAGGUCCUGAAGCAGGUGCACCCUGACACCGGCAUCUCAUCCAAGGCCAUGGGCAUCAUGAACUCCUUCGUGAAUGAUAUUUUUGAGCGCAUCGCCGGUGAGUCUUCUCGUCUAGCUCACUACAACAAGCGCUCCACCAUCACCUCCAGGGAGAUCCAGACCGCCGUGCGCCUGUUGCUUCCCGGCGAGCUGGCCAAGCACGCCGUGUCCGAGGGCACAAAGGCCGUCACCAAGUACACCAGCUCCAAGUAAAGCGCGUUACCCCCGUCUUCGUCAACCCAACGGCUCUUUUAAGAGCCACCCACUUUUCAUACACAGAGCAAUCUCCUCCCCUUUCGCUUUCUC